UUCCGUUCAACGUACUUCCGGUUUAGAUUAUUUCACUCAUGCUCCUGCAACGGUGAAUUUUUUUUAACCACGCAAGGCAGACAGGAGAAGAAGACCGAGUAAAAACACACAACUACAAUGUUUAAACUAGAAGGACUCGGCCCAAAGAUGGACCCAGAGGAGAUGAAGAAGAAAAUGCGACAAGACGUGAUCUCAUCUCUACGAAACUUCCUUAUUUACGUCGCUCUCCUCAGAGCCACCCCAUAUGUGCUGAAGAAGCUGGACAGCAUAUGAGCAGAGCAGCUGUUCUCUU